UUCCAGGUCUGAGUCACCUCAAGCUCAGGAAUUCAAGCUUGUCUUCAGCUGUUCACAAGUCUUAAGCCACCACGGACUCAGAAACACAAGAAGGGUGUAGUGGCAAGCAGUCUUGACCCCAACACUAAGGAGGCAGAGGCAAGCAGAUCUCUGCAUCGGAGGCGGAGGAGAAAGAGAUGGACCCCCCAGACUCGGCCUCAAGGGUCUUCUGUGGACGCUUCCUCAGCAUGGUGAACACUGAUGAUGUCAAUGCCAUCAUCCUGGCGCAGAAGAACAUGCUGGACCGCUUCGAGAAAACCAAUGAGAUGCUUCUGAACUUCAACAAUCUGUCCAGCGUGCGGCUGCAGCAGAUGAGUGAGCGCUUCAUGCACCAUACUCGCACCUUGGUGGACAUGAAACGGGACCUGGACAGCAUCUUCCGAAGGAUCAGGACACUGAAGGGGAAGCUGGCCCGGCAGCACCCAGAGGCUUUCAGUCACAUCCCGGAGGGCUCAUUCCUAGAGGAUGAAGAUGAAGACCCCAUUCCACCCAGUAUCACCACGACCAUCGCCACCUCGGAGCAGAGCACAGGCUCCUGUGACACCAGCCCUGACACUGUCUCAGCAUCUCUCAGUCCUGGCUUUGAGGACCUGGCACAUAUUCGACCUGGUUCUCCUGCUAUCAACGGCCACAGCCAGACAGAUGACGAGGAAGAAACGCAUGGAGAAUAGCCCCCUCCCGCCAUCCCAGAAAAGACCAGAGCAGCAGUGGUCAGCUCUGCUGCUCCUUUCGGUCAUAGGCAGGGUCCCUAAUUCCUGCCCCUCCUCCUAAGAGCAGGACUUCCCCAUGCCCCUACGUGCACCCAGCUGGGGCAGUGGGGCUGGCUACAGGUGUAGCCUUGAACUCAGCCUGGGCAAGUCCCCAGAGACCAAAGCUAGAUGUCGCCGACACCAUGGUGGGGCCCCCUGGAGGUAGAAGGUGCCUGCAGGGCUGAGCUUGUCCUACCCUCUGGCAGCUGCUGACUUGACUCUGGGCUUCCUGUCCUUUGUGGAGUACUUUUUUCCCUGUCGUGUUGAAUUCUGGGCGAGGAAGAAGAUUCUAGAGAGGCAACCUUCCCUCUGUGGCCGCUGUUCCUCAGGACUAGCAGCCAUCUCCGGGAGCUGGCCAGUCACCCUAGAAAACAGCUGAUUGAAUAUUUUUGUAUCAUUGUUUCAGAUGCUAUUGGGAAGUUACCAGUAAAGGCUUACUAAACAGGA